AUGUUGAUAAAAUAAAUUAAAGAAAUUCUACAAUUAAAACGUAACUUUUCAGAAGAUAAAGCAGAUAAUAAUCUCAAACUCAACAACUUUAAUGGUUUCUUAGAUUAACAAUAAAGAUGGGUUAAUGGACAAAAAAGACUUGAGGAUUGUUUAUAAAGAAUUGCAAGAUUAGAUGAUGGGAAACAAAAAUCUGAUGAGUUUUUUUAUACUGACUCCACAAAAUAAAUGUAAUAUGAAUUUAGUUUAUUACUUGCAAAACAAUUACUCAAAUAAAUUACGAACAUUAUGCUAAACAAUAAGUUUCAAGAUUAUCUAAUCAAUUGUAAGUCAGGAGAUGAUUACUUAUAAUCCCUUUUAGAUAAAUUCCAGUAUGUACAAGACUCAGAUUCAAAAUACUAAGAACAAGAAAUCGAUACUAGAAAAUAUUUAUUUGAAAUAACAAUCAAAUACUUUAAAUCAUUAAAUAUUGAUUAUUUAAGGAAAAUAGUGAAUUAACAACGAACCCUUGAAUACUAUGUGAAUUAAAUAUAAGAAGCUAUUCUGGAACUCUUUUAUGAGGAAUACAUUCUGAAAUAAUAAACUGAGGAUUAUACAAUGAAAAUAUAAGAAUAGAAAAAAAAAAUAUUAAAUAAUAAUACUAAAGAUUAAAAUUCACUGAUUACUUAAAAACUCAAAUAACAACUGCCAGAACCUAACAAUCACGAAUUGGGAUAUGAAAAUAAGGAAAUCAAUGUGUUUUGUGCACUUAGUAACGAUGAGUAAUAUGGAAAAGUACUCGAAGAGGCACUACUAUUUGAUUCCUUUUAUUGUGAUAAAUUAUUGACUAAUCAAUCCUAUCAUAAUCAUUAAAAAUAGAGAAAGUUCAAAGUGUAAUCAUAAAAAUAUAGUAAGUAGGAUUUAGAACAUUUUAUCAGUAAUUACAAAGUGAAUUAACUGAGAAUGACUAAAAAACAUAUAGGUGAACUAAAUAAAACAGACUAUUCAAACCGAUACUACUAAACCAGAGAAUAAAGAAUUAAAAGUGAAAAUAACAAAUCUAGAAUAAUCGAAGUUACAGACAAGAUAAAUAAAAGGAGAAUUAAUACUAUUCAAUAAUUCUUCAAAAACGAUCCAGAAAUUAAAAGACAAGAGAACAAAGAAGUCAUUGAUUUCUUAGUCAAUUAUAAUUAUAAGAAGGUGCCUAAAACAUUAUAAAACUUUAUAAUUCAUUAGAAUUCAAAUGAGGAGAAGGAUCUGUCAUCAGAUUUAUUGCAUAAAUUAUUCUUCAAGUACUCUAACAAGUAUGAAGAGGAUUCAAGCUAAACAUUUUAAUUUAUCAAUGCACAAAAUUUCAUUACUCUAUGUAAAGACUUGAAAACAUAAAUCACGAGCGACGAGGGACUGAGAAUAUUCCACAAAUGUCUUGAGGAUCAAUCGUUUUUUCUAGAUAAAGGGUUGACAUACUCAUUUUUUCUUGAUGCUAUUCGAAACUUAGCUUCAAUUACAAGUGAGAUUGAUACAAAUAAUCCAGAAUUUCAAAGGGAAGCCAAUUAAGUGAGAUUCAAGUUUAGCAAAAAGGAAAUCGAGUAGAACUCGGAUCCUCAAUAGAAAAUCAACAAAUUCCUAUAGAUUUAUAUAUUUCCAAACAAAACAUUCUUUUAUGAACCUAUUGAUCUCUAAUUAUAAAAUUGUUAAUAUUAUUCGGACUUUCUAGAAGCCUUUAAUCCUUUAAUUGCAGAGUUUUUUGAGAAUUCCAAGAAUGAAUAAUCAUAAUUUAUUAAUUUCGAUGAUGUGGUUAAGGUUUUUAUGAAAAUCAAAUUAUGUCCAUCGAAAAUUACCAAAGCAACCAUUAGCUAAAUCGAAGAUGAAGGACUUACUUUAUAAUAAUUUCAUAAUUUCUUGAACUUGCUGGCUUUGCAAUAAAAUAGGAAGAUCAUCAGCAGCAAGGAAACUUCAAAUGUUAUUUAAUAUUAUACUUAUAUUUUUGAGUAAAAAAAUGGGAUUUCCAAUGACACCAUAGCCACAUAUAAAAAAAUCAUGAUGUUUUAUGUUCACAGAGAUUAUUUGAGGUUGCUCAGAAUAACUAAAUUGGCUGAGUUCUCAAUAGAUAGAAGAGAAUCAUUUUAAGAUUUUUGA